ACAACAGUUGUAAUAAGGUCAUUAAAUUAUAGAAUCACCUUUCUGAUUAGAAGCUGAAGACGACAGCAGCCAUGUUGAUAUCAGGAGCUGGAUAUGUGUUUAUGGGUUUCAUCCUGUUCAUCUCAGGGGUUCAGGGACGAGCAAACAUCAUCUGUGCUUUAAAAGGUUCAUCAGUGGAUCUGCCCUGCUCAGCUCAACAUCCCACUUCAACCAGGAAAUGGUACACUGUACACUGGAUUGGCAACAACAAGUACACUCUGAAUGAGAUCUCUGCAGAUGGAAAUCGUGUAACAUACAACAUGUCUGCAGAGAGUAACUUCACUCUGACAAUCAAAGAUCUGACAGAGAGGGAUGGAAAUCUUUACUGCUGCAGAGAAACUGACAAACCAGAAAAAUGCUGGGAAAACAGAAUUCAGCUCCAUGUUGCAGACCUGCAGGUGAAGGUGAUUCCCACCACAGAGGGACAGACAGUAACACUGAUAUGUAGCACCAGCUGUCCUCUGACUGAAAACCCUGCAGUCUACAUCUGGUACAAGAACAGAGAGUUCCUCUAUCAGGACUGGUCUCCCUGGUACCAACAGCUGGUCAGCAGUGAGGAAGCAGUCACAUACUCCUGUGCUAUCAAAGGCUACGAGGACCUCAGAGCCCCUCAAGUCUCAGUGGAUUCUGUCUCAUCGACCUGCUUUAAAGUGACCUAUGCUAAAGGGAGGAUGUGUUCUUCUCAGCAGACAUCAGAGGAUGAGCCCUGCUCCAUCACAUAUCCAACAGAAGUACAUGUUCAAAUGAGUCCUGCAGCAAAACCAGACCAUGUCAGACUGACCUGUAACUCCAGCUGUCCUCCAACUGCCUUUAUAUGGUAUAAGAGCAGAUAUUUAGUGAGAGAGAAAGAGGUUAUAGUUCCCACCACUUCUGCUGAAAGUUUCUCCUGUGCUGUAAAAGGCCGUGAGGAUCUACACUCUGAUGAAGUCUGUGUUGAUAACAGCGACUGCUGGAGUGUGAAUUAUGUCAGCAGGAGAAUCUGUGCUCUGGAAGGUUCUUCAGUGAACAUUUCUAGUGAUUAUUCUGAGAACCAGCAGCCAAAAUAUAAAUUAUGGUAUAAAAUAAAGAGAAGUGGGAAAGAAAGAGUUGUAGAGCGAAUGAAGGCUGCAGGUCGUGUGACGUAUCAUGACAACAUGAAGAAUCACCACAUCCUGAGAAUCAAUAACCUGAAGAAGGAUGACUCAGCAAAAUACACACUCAGACUCCAGAGAGAUGAAGGAUGGAAACCUGGAGUGACUUUAGUUGUCACAGGUGUGAAAGUUCAGUUUAGUCCUUCUGCAGUGGUGACAGAGGACCAGAGAGUCACACUGACCUGCAGUACCAGCUGUCCUCUGACUGACAACACAAACUACAUCUGGUUCUUCAACAGUCGACCUCUGACCCUGACAGAGAACCAAAACAAACACCUGGUUCUAGACCCAGUCAGCAGUCAGCAUGCAGGAAAAUACUCCUGUGCUGUCAGAACCCACAACAACAGCAGCUCUCAUGAAGAGACUCUCACUGUCCAGAGUAUGAGGGGGAAAUGGACACCAGCAGCAGCUGCAGGAGUCUGUGCUGCUCUCCUGGUUAUAAUACCCCUCUCUGUCUUCUGCUGGAUCAGAAGAAAGAGGACUUCCAGACAAUCUCCUAGAACUGAAACAUCAGACAACUUGCAGCAGGUAAACUCUGGUCCUGUGUAUGACGACAUCUCAGCUCAACCAACAGAGCAGGAUGAUCUUCACUAUAGCAGAGUCCACUUCCGUCAGAACCAAUCAGAUCCUCUCUACAGCACAGUCCAGACACAUCCGCCUCAAGAACAAGAUCUCACCCCCUACGCUGUUGUCAACUUCAGACCCAACACAACCCCUGAGCAUGAUGGCCAGGCAGUGGAUCCCUAGAAUCUGUACAACACAGCAAAGAAAACCUUAAAGAGACUGAAUGUAACAACACACCUGCCUCUGUGAUGAACAGAACUUGUAUAUUAUUCAGUUCAUUGAUGAUCUUAUCUACAGUAGCUUACUGUGAGUCAGCAGGCAGACAUCCAGCAUCUUAUGGACACCUCAGGAGCACACUUGAGAGCGCUGAUGGACACCCACUGCCUGUUGUAGCAAGAGAAACCAGAACCUUUUAGUUACUCUGAUUAACCCAUGGUCCAGUCUGUUGAACCCAGCAGACUUUCACUGUGUCAAAAUACAAGGAUUGGACACCAUACUUUCCAAUAUGCAGAAUCAACCCUAAGACAAAUAACCUAAUAUUUUUAUAAAACUUAGUUAAAAUUCAUCAAAGUUAAAACAAAAAGCCCUGCAGGGCUAUUCAUCAUCUUGCACAAUAAUGUCAACUGUAUCAUAAAACAUCUUCCUGAGGGAUCUUUUAAUAUAUAUUAGGACAUUGUCAGUGCAGUUCUAUAACGUUAGAGGACAAAGCAUUCAAACAAGACAAUAUCUAGAUAAUAUCUUGAAAAUAAAUUGGCGUUAGCUCUGAAGAGAAACACCUUUCUGACAAAGUUAAGACAAAAACUGGUUCUCAAAAAUAUGUGCUGAUUUAGGUGUUAAUAAUAUUAAUAAACGUUAGUUAUUUAUAAAUUGAGAAAUGUGCAGAUUCACUAACUUACAGUCGUAGUUAUUACAGGAUGGAAGUACAAUGUUCCAGUUACUGUGUCCAACUACAGCUGUGUUUCUUAGCAGCUAAAGCAGUUCAUGGUUGGUUUCUAAAUUGAGAAUUGUGCAGAUUCACUAGCUGACAGUAGUAGCAUUAAUUAUUACAGGAUGGAAUGUUUAUUCCUUUUAUUCGUGUUGUUUUGUUUUCAAGAGCAGCUAGCUAAUGCUUUUCGUCCUUCUUCUAUACAGUGUAGAG